AUGGAAGCACCACGGCAGCUGCAGGACCACCACGACGAAGCGCACCACGACCUGCCGAGCGAGCCGGGACCGAACCCGAUCGGCAAGGCCUGCAACUUUUGUCGCAUCUCCCACACCGCCUGCGGCCCAGAGCGACCAUGUCGGCGCUGCAUCAAGAUAGGCAAGGCGCACUUGUGUUCCGACGUGCAGAUGCGCAAGCGGGGCCGCCCCAGAAAGACCGACCCGCGCUACCGACCCCGUGACCGGAAAGCCGCGGCGGCAGCAGCGGCCUCGUCAUCGUCGUCCACCUCCUACGUAGCUCCUCCCGAUAACAGCACCGAUGAUCGCCAUCGCAUGACAGUUGCCGUGCACCCCAACGGCGCAGGAACAGACCCUGGGCACCAGCAGCGCGCCACGCACCCGGGGCACUACGACACCGGGGUCCCACUCUACUUCACUUCCCCCGAUUCAUCCCAGCGCGAGCUCUCCUCAGAUGACGAUGACAACGGGAGCGACGAUAACGACGGCGGGAGCGACUACGAUGAUGACGACGACGAUGACGACAGUGCGCUGGAGGAUGGCGGCUUCGUAAGGAGGGGAUCAUCGGCGGUGAAGGCAGAGUCGCAGCUGGCGAAUAACGUGAUAGAGAUGAUGUCGGCAGAGAUGCGGAAGAUGCGGAAGGAGAACCAUGACCUGCGGGAGAAGAUGAGGAGGCUCAAAGAGAAGCACAAACAGGCGAAGAAACGGCUGGCUGAGUUCCUGGACCUCGACCAGCGACCGCACACGCGCAUGAAGAUCGACGCCAUCGAACUGCCCCGAUCCUCCUCUCCGGCGUCUGCACCACCGCCACCACCAUCGUCAACCGCAAUGCCUUUCUCGUCUCCGCCGCAGCCUCCACCGCUCAUCUCUGCCGCCGCUGUGUCUCCGUCGCUGCGAGAAGCUCGCAAGUAUCUGCCCUUCCUCAACCACUACAACAUUCCACCUGAGCGGCCGUUCGUGAUCGACAACAUGUUCAGUCACCCCAUCAGCGCGGUCGUGGUGAAUGGCAUGGAAGUAUCGACACCGCCGCUGUUUCUCUUUACCAACGACGCCUUCGCCACCAUGCUGCAGUUCUUACCGAGCGAGCUGGCCGGCUCAUCGCUGGUGGGCGUGUGGGCCCAAAACGCCGCGAUUGCAAGAAGGAUGGCCCCUGUGCUCGUCGCCAAGGCGCCAUGGAGCGUGAGCGAGGUGUAUCGGAUGAGUUCGCUCCUGCGCCGACGGGACGGCACCACGUUCCGUGCCGUGUCGCACGUGCAGUUCUUCUACGAUCACUCCGGCAUGGCCAAGUACUCGAUCGCCAAGAUGCUCAAGUGGAAGAACGAUGUGCUGCAUGAGGGCGAGCAAUUCGACAGCUGGGUCGGCAUAGCGAAUCUUCUCCAACACGGCCAACUCGGCGCCACCGACGGCGAUUCUGCCUCCAGCGAGCGAGACGACAUGUGCUACCUGGCACAGCUCCUGUUCGACGCUCCACCCUCGGACUACGCCCAGUUCGCGGACUACUCGCACGAGGACAUCCACCAGCCGCAGCACCAGCAUCAGGUCUGGGACAACAUCUGA